AUGGUCUACCCCGACACUUUCGAAGGCUUCAUGGUCAAUUCCCACGAGGAGUGGACCAAAUUCCAGAAGCAGGAGUUCAAGCCAAAGCCCCUCGGGGAGCACGACGUGGACAUUGCCAUUGAGGCGUGCGGCGUGUGCGGCAGCGAUGUCCACACCAUCACCGGCGGCUGGGGCCAGGCCCACCUGCCCGUCUGUGUCGGACACGAGGUGAUCGGUCGGGUGAUCGGAGUCGGCCCGCAGGCCUCGACGGUCAAGGUCGGAGACCGCGUGGGCGUCGGUGCCCAGGUCGGGGCGUGCCUGGAGUGCAAGAUCUGCAAGUCGGGCAAUGAAAACUACUGCCCCCAACAAAUCGAUACCUAUAACUGCUACUACCCGGACAAGUCCAUGGCAUACGGCGGCUAUGCCAGCCACAUCCGGGCCCACGAGUACUUCGUGUUUGCCAUCCCCGACAGCAUCGAGUCCAGCAUCGCCGCACCCAUGCUGUGUGCGGGCAUCACCUGCUACAGUCCUCUUUCGCGCGCCAAGAUCGGACCAGGUAAGACGGUUGGUGUGGUUGGAAUUGGUGGACUCGGUCAUUUCGGCAUCUUAUUCGCGGCUGCCAUGGGAGCCGACGUCUACGCCAUUUCGCAUUCCCCCCACAAGGCGGAGGAUGCCAAGGCCCUCGGGGCGAAAGGCUUCAUCUGCACCGCGGACGAGAAGUGGCACGAGCCGUGGAAGCACACGUUUGACUACAUCCUCAACACGACGGACGCGACGGACCGUUUUGAUCUGGGCGCGUACUUCGGCACUCUGACAAUCAACGGGACCUUCCACACGGUGGGCAUCUCCGAUCGCCCAUUCCCUCCUUUGAAGACGCAGGACAUGAUGUCGACCGGGUGUGCGAUCUCCGCCAGCCACAUCGGCAGCCGCACGGAGGUGCAGGACAUGUUCAAGCUGGCCAGUGAGCAGAACGUGAAGAGUUGGGUGGAGACCAUCGACAUCAGCGAACAGGGUUGCAAGGAGGCCGUCGAGAAGGUGUACAACGGCAAGGCCCGGUACCGGGUGACUCUGGUAGGGUAUGAGAAGGUUUUCGGGAGCAGAGCCUAA